AUGGGUCGGUUUUUGGGCCGAGCUUUGGACCAGCCCGAAUUUGGCCCAGUCUGUCGGGCUUCGAGCAGGGCUCGGCCCCAGAAUUCAAGCCCAGACCCGCCCAAGCAUAGGGCCAGGCUGCCCAGGCCCGAUGUAAAAUCCGGCCCGGGUCGGGCCCAGGUCCGCAGGCCAAAUGAUGAUUUGAAUAUUGAAGAGUUGGUUGAUGAUGAUGAUGAUGAUGGUGGUGGAAUUGGUGGCAACCGAAGUGAAGUUGGAGGUGGGGGUAUCUUUACUAAUGAAGAUAGAGGUUUUGGUGAUCAUAUGAGUAUGGCUUAUGAUAUGGCUGGAGCAAUGACUAGAGUUGUGGGAGAACCCGGAGAUGGACCAUCAUCUAAUUAG